ACAGUAGGUACCUAUUGAAAUUUAUAUUUUCUUGUUCUAUUCAAGGUAUAAUUUGUAUUCUUUGGCUCAGUACGUUUCCAGAAAAUGGCUGGGUGGAUUGUCGAAGUCUGACACGUAUUUUGGGUUAUUAUCGUAAACAUUAUGCGAAAACUUUAGUAUGACAAUUUUUUUGUGACCUAAUUUAUAGCCUAGAUAUACAAAGAAGGUUAAAAAUGGAGUUUCGUGAGACAUUAUUAGCAGCUCAGCGAAACCAACAACAAAAGUCGUCUGUUGAUAGUUAUUACUAUAAAGCAAAAUUUGAUCCCCCUAAAAAAGAACAAAAAGCCAAAGAUAGAUUGUCAGCGAAUAUACAAAAGUUUCUUGCUAAGAAAGAUGAAGAAGAAAGACAGAAAAGGUUGGAGGCCCAGAGGAAAAGAGAAGAGCUGUUUGCAAUGCGAGAUCCCAAGGCAUUGCGCAAGAUACAAAAGACCUUGAAAGUGAUUAAAUCUGCAAAUAAGUCUGUUAUAGCGGAUGCUAUAGACCGGGACAACACAGCAUUUACUCGAGAUGGCCCAGACCAGCCAGAUCAGGAUGACUAUGGUUAUGAAUCACAGGCUGCUGCUGCUAUUUAUGAGAAAAUGAUGCAAAAAUACAGCAAAUUACCAGAUGAACCAAAAUUUCCUUCACAAGGUAAUUCUAUUAAUAAAGAUUUGAAUGGUACCAGGGAAAGAGUGAAACACGCCCUUCGUCAUGAAGAUGAUCCAGUACCACACAAACGAAAACGUCGUUCCGAAAAUAAUGAAAGAGAAACCAGUCCGUUACAAAAGUAUGAACCAGAAAAAGAAAGAGAUAAGAAACCGGAUAAACCAAAAAAUCGUAAACCAGCUCCUCCGCCACUUGACUUCAAUGAACUUUUGAAGUUGGCUGAACAAAAGAAACGAGAGCCUGUCGAUGUAGUGAAUAAAAAAGCCAUAGCCGAGCCUGAGCCAGACAGAUUAAUGACUAAAAAACAGAAAAGGGAACACGAAGAAGAGAUGGCGCGACGACAACGACGCCAGGAAAGAAUAGACGCAGAGAAAGCCGGUGGCCGAAAAAGCGUGAAUGUAAAUAAGGAAAAGCCUGUGGAUAAGGAAUAUAAGCGAGAGGUGCCAAGUGGUUUUGGUCGAAUCCCAAAAAUUGGUGCGCAACCUUCUAACAAACAGGAAAAAAGUACUGUAGAAAGGGAAAGAUCUGAAAAACAACAAUUUGAUAAGCAACGAAUUGAAAAGAUGCAAAGAGAAAAAGAAACAGCAAGAGUGGAAAAGAAUAAAACUGACAGUGACAAAGAAAAAAUAGAUAAAUUGAAAGCAGAGCGAGACAGAAUUGACAGAGAAAUGGAGAGACUUAAUAGAGAACGGGAAAAAUUAGACAAAAAUAAAGUUAAAUUAGAAAGCACGAUAGAGAAAAAUAGAUUAGAAAAAGUAGAUAGAACAAAACUGAAUAAAGAAGAUGCCUUAAAACAAGACUUUAAAAAAAAUAUAGGUAUAAAGACUCAAAAUACAUACAGGAUAGAUAAAAAUUCAAAUGAAAGAAAUGUUUUGCCACAGAAAUCUGAUAAACUUACUAAUGGUCACAGUACAAAAGGAAAGCCAGUGCCAAAAAAUAAGGAUGAUUUCGAUAGAGAAAGAAUGAUGAGGGAAAAGCUAGCAUUAGCAAAACGUAGAGCGUUAAUUGAUGCUCAGAGGUCUAAUGGACAUGUUAGAAAUGAUAAAAAUAAACAAAUGCCUGACACAAGUAGGAGUAAUGCUAAAAUCAGUGAUGAUAAAAGAAGUGGCCCUAGUAAUUCUAAGCAGCCUGGAGCUAGUAAGCCAGCCAUCAGUAAUAACUUUGAUUUUGAUAAACAUGUCAAUGCACUAAAGAAUGGAAAGAAAUUGCCGCCGGGUGCCAUGAAAAAACGACCACAUCCAGAUGACCUCAAAAAGAAACCAAAACGACGCAUGGUUGAUUCUGAUUCGGAGUACGAUUCAGAAAUGGACGACUUCAUAGAUGAUGGCGAAGAGGAACUCGAUUAUUCUUCAGCAAUCAAAGAAAUAUUUGGCUACGACAAGUCCAAAUAUCGAGACAUUGACGACGAUGACGACCCAGCAAUGGAGUCCAAUUUUGCCCAACAGCAAAGGGAAGAGUAUAUUAGCAAGAAGUUAGGUAUCAUGGAAGAUUUGGAAGACAUGCGUUUAGAAGCCAUGGAGAAGAAGAAAAAAGGAAAACGGAGAAUUUCGGAUGAUUGAGAAACCACACUGUUAUUUAAUAUUAACGGACCA